AUGGUCGUGUCUUUCACUUGGGGCGUGACGGCGUUUGGGCACGUGGUGAGCAGCUGGCGCGGCUCGUGCCCCGCUCUGGGCCUGCUGGUGCUGGGGGUCUGCCUCGCCGCCGCCAGCGGCUCGGACACUGCCAGGAAGCUCGGCCGCCGCCAGCUGAGACAGGCGCAGGAGGGCACCUACGGCACCUGCUGCGAGGACGGCCUGUUGGUCCCGGCCGACGCCGCCGGCCCGGCGCGGGGCGCGCUCCGGACCGCGCUGGGCUGCGGAUGUGCCGUGGCGGUCGGUCUCAUGAACGGCACGCUCAUGGUGCCCGUGACCUUCUUCCAGAGCGGCAGUUCUACUUUAGGGAUUUCGGGCUACAAGGGGAACCUUCUGUCUCCGAUCGCGUUCCUGCCAUCCCUGUCCAUCGGCAUUCUGUGCAUGCAGGUUCCCACCUUCUUGAUCUACUUCGCGCGCGACAUCUACGAGGGGCGGCUGCCGAAGUUUCAGGCCGCGGUCGCUGCGGCGCCUGGAUUGGUCACCGGCGCCUACUGGGCCAUGGGCAAUUUCGCCUCGAUGUUCGCAAUGACGUACUUGGGGCAGACGAUCGGGUUCCCACUAACACAGACCUGCAUCGUCGUCGGCGGCCUUUGGGGCAUCUUCUAUCGAGCAGCCCCCCCCCGGCUAUCACCAUGUUCGCCGUGUCGGUCGCGCUCAUCAUCACGGGCGCCGCCUUGGAUGGGCGAUACGGCUGAGUCGUCGCCUUUUGUUUCCCAUUCUUCAUGUUGUGUGCAAGGCAGAUUGGUCCUCGCGGGAGAUGUGGGCCGCACUUAG